AUAUAGUGUUUCUACUGUAUAUUUAGAACUACUGGAGGGAUUUACUGGAAUGAUUAUUUAUAAUAUGUAAAACAUAGUCACAGCUCGCUACAAUAUAUUGGUUAAAUAAAUUCAUACAAAUCCGAGCCCCAGCAAAAGGAAUCGUUCGUUGCUUACUCCCUAUAAGUGACGUAUAAUAUAAUUGAUAAAUACAAAAUAUUAUUCAUCGGUAUUGAGAUAUAUUCAUACUGCAAUUAGCGUACAUAUUAUGCACGUUUAUAAGCGGACGAUUUGAUGGUCAGCUAAAAAUUGUCGUUUAAACCAACAUAAUAUGCGCUGGGAAACCUCUUACUCCUUGUCCAUGGUCGAAUGCCAAACAGUCAACUGGGAACAUAUUUUUUUUGUCUUCUACACUAUACAAUUAGCCUUGUUCCCGCGGUAUUAUUAAGCCUGCGUAGCUCAUCGACCGACAUCCGUACAUCUAUAAUAAGCUAAUAUUAUAAUAAUUAAUGGGUCUGCGUUUGGGCGAUAACCCACCUGAGCGGCAUGGCAGCCGGUAUUACAUCAGCUGAUAAUUUCACUUGAUUUAUUGCGCGCGUUUGACUCUCGGGUACCGCCCGACUUUCAAUUCGGAAAAACAGUACCACCGAGGGAACGGCUGUCGGCUGGUAUAUUACCGACGUAUAUCUUCAGCGGCCCAGUGUCGGUCCGACUUCAGUGUAGUGACGACUGCGGCGGCGGCGACUCGAAUCCGACCGACUCGAAUUCGGCCUACCCGCACGGCGUACCCACACUACCGAACAGCCGUCGAGUGUCUUACGCCCUGUGCACACCUGUAACCCGCCGGGAACGGGCGACGAUGAUGACGACGGCGAGCGCGGCCGCGGUCGCCGAAAUGAUCGAGGCCGGAGCUUUCGGACCGGACUGCCGGUUCGUGUCGUUCGCGCUGGACGGCCAGCACGCCGAACGCGAUCAGUUCGCGUCGUCCGUACUGUACGGGACGGUUACUGUCGCAGAUCGCGACUGCCAUCGCCAAAGCCGUAGACUCGUGUUCAAGUUCAAACACCCGUUGCCAGAGAUGCGGGCCUUCGUCAAGAACGACGAGCAGUUCCACAACGAAAUACUGUUCUACGAACGGAUCGCACCGUCGCUGUUGGCCUGUCGCUCGCAGGGGGACGGAGACGAUCCCGCGACGCCAUCGCUCUGUCGUUACUUCUACGGGCGCAACGACUGCGCUGACCUGGCCACACGGGACAUGGUCGUCUUGGAAAACGAAUCAGUUCGCGGAUACCGGUCGGCGAUAACUGAACAUCGGUUGUGUUUGGACUUCGACCACCUCUCCGUGGCACUCAGAGCUCUAGCAAAGUAUCACAGUUUGUCGUACAGAGCCAAGCACGUGGACCGAGUCAAGUUCAUGGAUUUGGUGGCCAAGCUGAAGGACACGCAGUGGAACGACGAUGGCCAGUGGCUUGCAAUAGGCGCAAGACUGGAGGGUCUGUUCUCCUCGGCUCUGGACAAGUUAACGUCACGUAACGGUGGUAAAGACGACCAGCGUGCUGACUGGUUCCGGACGGAACUGUUGGCCGAUACGUGUAACACACUGAAACGUGUGAUGGAACCUGCCGAACCGCUGUCCGUCCUGUGCCACGGCGACUUCAACCGGAACAACCUGCUGUUCCGGUACGACGACGGCGGCCGGCCGGUGGACGCGCUGGCGUACGACAUGGCCACGGUCCGGUACGGGUCGCCGGCGCUCGACUUGUCCUUCUUCCUGUACAUGAACACAGAUCGCCAGACCCGGGACGAUCACUGGGACGCGCUGCUGGACGCGUACUGCGAAACCCUGGCCACCGCCGCCGGCGACGUCCCGGUGCCCGAUCGUGGCCGGCUGGACGACGAAAUGCGCGAGCGCGCGUUCUACGGGUUGGCGCACGGGUCGUUCUUCUUGAGGAUCAUGUUGGAGGAACAGAAACCGGUCGAUCCAAUGGAGUUCAUCGGAAAGACUGACGAUGAGGUGCUCGAGGUUUUGUUGUCAUUUGGCGGGGAUCGGGCCACCGAAUGGGUGGCCGACAUCGUCCAACACUAUUUGGACACGGCGCGUGCCGAAACAUGAUCGCGUAUUACUCACGCGCAUGCGUGGAUAAAGUUAAUCGUAUUCUUUUCAAUUAUUUUUUUUCAGUCUUAACGUGCUUUACGUCCUUGUAUUUUAACUAACUAUAUUAUGACAUUUCUCGGAUAAAAGGAAUCGCAACUGGACGCAACACUUGUAAUAAACUGUGUGGCUUUCAUUAUAAUACUAAAAGAAAAGAGUAUUUUGUUUUUAUUUUAUACGGUAUAUUUCGUUGUACUUUUACUUGCAUGUGAAAAUCGCACUCGAGUGGUACAAAUAGUAUAAUUGUAUAACGCGAUAUGACUAUCGUAUUUUUAAUCACUCAUAUACUAGACAUCGAGGGCGACUGUUUCAAUUGAAACGGUUCACAUGCAAUUCUGUAAUACAUAAUUAUUAAAGUAUAUAGUUUUUUUUUUUUAUCAUUGCCUA